CAGGAAGAAGCGGAGGAGGUGCUCACAAAAAAAUGCAGGCAAGGAGAUGCUGCAAGCCGUGUUCGCAGUCCGUCGUCGUCUCCUGGAUCGGCGCGGUGCCAAGCGGCAAAUGGCUCACUCUUGCUUUCGUCGGCGGCGUGCACAUCUCCGCCAGGGAUGGACCUCUUCCCCCAGCGUUCGCAGCGACACGCGAUGCGGCGGCGCGCGCUCCCUGGCCGCCGCGGGCGCCGCAGGCCCCUGGCGCACGGCUGGCGGCCUUGCGCCAACCUCGCAGCCCUGGCGCGCCAGAGGGAGGGGGAGGGGAAAGCAGGAAGGAAGGGAGGGAGGAGGAGGAGGAGGAGGAGGGGGAACGGGGCGGCCUCUCGCUCCCCCGCCCCCCCUCGCUGGAGGGCUGGGCCCGGCCCCACGGGCAAAAACAGCAGCCGACUGCAGCCGCAACCACAACAAAAAACAGGCCGAGGCGCGCGGGCGCGGCGCGCGCGCGCGCAGCCCCCCCCCCGCCUGGGCAGAGGGGGGGGGGUGGUGGUGGUGAGGGGGGGGGGACGGCCCCUGAGCGAAGCCCCCGGACCCAGGGACGGGGGGGUGGUCGGGCAGGACUGGCCGAAGGCCUUCCCCCCCCCCCCCCGCCGCCCCAGCGUGCAGGAGGGAAGGCGACUCACAUGGGCGUGGUCUCGCGGGUGAACUCGGACACC